AUGCCUACAUUAGACGUAAGUGAGCUUAACAUUGUGACUGCUGUCCUUGGCUCAUUUGCUGUGGUAUAUGGCCUGUUUGCUGUCAAGAUCAAGAGUGUAUGGUAUCUUGGCGAAGCAUUACCAGCUUUGCUCAUCGGAGUGUUUUUGGGUCCUGUGGCAGCGAAGUUCCUUGACCCUCAGAGAUGGGGCUCAGCAGCAUCUGGGCAAGAGCCUACCAUCACUCUCGGCGUGAUGAGAAUCAUGAUUGGGAUUCAAUUGGUGAUUGCGGGAUAUCAGCUGCCUGCUAAAUUCCUGCAAUGGCGCCGCAAAGAAAUUGCCGUCUGCCUCAUCCCCAUCAUGACUCUCAUGUGGUUAUGUACUUCUAUAUGCAUUCUUGCGACGAUACCUAACCUGCCACUGCUGGCUACUCUCGUCAUCGGCGCCUGCGUCACAUCUACAGAUCCCAUCUUGUCUCAGGCCGUAGCCAAAGGCCCAUUUGCUGACAAAUAUGUUCCCCGUCACUUGCGGGAGAUUAUUUCGGCUGAAGCGGGAGCGAACGACGGAUUUGCAUCGCCUUUUCUCAUGCUCUCAGUCAACCUGCUACGUUUCUCCAUCGGUCGUCCCGAGACUCUUGUCGAUCGAGAUAGGGGCGUCGGUCCGCACCCUAGCGACCUUGGUAUUGCUAUCGGGAAUUGGGUAAUAGAAACUCUUGUGUAUCUCGUCUUGUUGGGCAGUGUAUAUGGCGCAGUGACAGGCUUUUUCGCUAGGAAAGCUGUUCGCUUUUCUCUGUCUCACAAGUGGAUUGAUACAGAAAGCUAUCUCCUAUUUCCCACAGCACUAGGUCUUUUCAUCGUCGGAACUUGUGGCGCCAUUGGAACCGGCGAUCUUCUGGCUUGCUUUGUCGCUGGAUGUGCCUUGAACUGGGAUGGGCAAUUCUUGGCCGAAGCCGAGCGACGUCACGACGAAGUCAACUCUUGCAUCGAUGUGCUACUGAAUUUUGGGGGAUUCAUGUACAUUGGGACCACUUUACCAUGGGGGGAAUUCCACCAACCUGACACAACUGGGAUAACGUUACCGCGCUUACUCGGCCUUGGAAUAUUCGUUCUACUUUUCCGGCGCAUUCCAGCGCUGCUCGUCACAUAUAAGGCGAUGCCCUCGGUGGUCAAAAGUUGGAAAGAAGCCGUGUUCAUGGGCUAUUUUGGCCCGAUUGGUGUCGGGGCAGUGUACUAUCUUGAGCACACUCGAUUGCUCUUCAAUCGGGACAACCCUCCCGAAAAGGCUGUGGUCGAUGCUCUUUUGCCAGUGGUUUACUUUCUUGUCCUGCUCUCAAUCGUAGUCCAUGGCCUCUCUAUUCCAGUAUUGAGUAUUAUCUACCAUUAUUAUGGUGUAAGUACGAUUACAGACGACGUGGUGGAGCUUCGUCGAGACAGUAUCUAUGUCCCAACGCCACCGAACGCAUUUCAGGGAGAUAAAAAUACCUUUAUCGCGUAUAAUCGCUUCUUCCGCCCGUUGGCCAGCGUGAGCAUGCUUCCACUUGCUCAUACACGCAGCGAGAACCAAAAUAGUACACACACAGAGCUUGGGGAAGAUGGAACGAAAAACGAGCCGAGUGCUCUAUAG